CUCUCUGAGCAGGGGGAGGGAUGCACGCGGACAGCAGGCUCCCAGAAAACAGCAUCUGUCUCCGGAGGGAGGUGUAGUGUGAGCAGUGCCCCUGGAGACCCCGGCACCGCUGGGGACAAGGAGUGGACAUUAAGAGACAAGCACGAGGUGAUGAGGCGUUUGAGGCGCUCAGUAAACCAGAGCACCCGCUGGUGAACUUCAGACCUGAUUCAAGCGGAGCAGGUGUAGGUGAGGUUUUAAAAUGGAGUCCACUCACCUUUUAAGUGGACCCAAAAAGAGAGUGAAGAUCCAUCCUCAUACAGUUACAGCCAAGUACACCACGCAGCAACCUGGAAUACACACACACUUUCCCCAGCCUGGAGAUGAAGGCUACGAUGAUGCUCCAUCUUUUGAGGACUUUGGUUCCUUUGUGGAGGAGACGUCAGACAGGAAACAACUGACUGAAAGCAGGAAGUGGCCUUUAACAAUGUUCGGCUCUAAAGACAAAAACAAGGAUGCAUCCCAUAAACUCCAGCCUACUGGAGGAGAAGUGAGCGAGGGGGGAACCAAAGCAGCAAAGGGGUCUGGCAAAGGAGUCGGGGAACAGUUGGCCAGUUUUGGUGAGGCUUCGGUGUCUGCGUCUCGCCUCACCUGGCUGGGACUGCUUGGCGCUGCACUGGCACAUGGCUGUUUGAUUGCUCUGACCUGCCUCGCCUCAGAACGCUUCGGCCUUGGACCCUUGUUCAUCCUCUUGGUGCGGUCCAUCGUACAGCUCCUAUCUCUGGCAGUGCCUCUGCACAGGGGGCAGAACCCUUUCGGACCAAAGGGAUAUCGAUUACGUUUGCUCUGCUAUGGCGUGGCCUACUCCCUCUCCCUCUGUUGUGCCUACUCUUCAUUAACCUUCAUCUCCUCUGGAAACGGUGCAGCAACAUGGCGCCUGGCAACAACAGCACUGUCUGCAACCCUGGCCUUCCUGCUCUUGGAAGAAAGACUGGGAUUGACUGAUGGGAUAACCCUAGCUGUGGGUCUAUGUGGUUUGGGGCUCCUGUUGCUUCCCACUACUGAUGAAAGCUUUUCCAAUUCACCAGUUGACCCAGUUGCAUUCUGGAAAGGAGCUUUUGGAUGGUCUCUUUCAGCUCUUGCUGGGUUGUGGAUGGCAUUGGCUUUGGUCGGGUAUCGCUCGCUGAAAGACAGGGUUGGAGUCAGUACUGCUUUGUUUACGGUGAGUUGGACCGGGUGCCUGCUGACUCCAGCAACUCUAGUUCUGCUCCAUGAGGGCUGUUCCUGGCCAUUGAGUGCUCCAGCCUGGGGCCUCAUCCUGGGUUUGGUGGUCUGCUCUGUAGCAGCCUUCUUGGGAAUGACCCACGGUCUCACCCGUCUUCACCCAGCUCUGGUCUCAGCCUCUCAAAGCCUGGAAGUAACCAUCGCCAUGCUCCUUCAUCUGGCCAUGCUUUCUUCAGUCCCUGCUGCACCUGAGGUGGUGGGGAAUGUGAUGAUAGUGCUGAGUGUUGGCUGGCUGGUGGCCUUGAAGCUGCUUCCCUCUCGAGUUGGUGGGCGGCACCAGAGGGAGGAGUACGAGGAGAUUUUGGAGUCACCCAUCAAAUAGCUCAUCGUCUCCACAUUCUGUCGUUCUGUUGUCCACAUUGUCUUCUUCAUGAGAUCAGCUGGUUCCACUGUACAUAAAAGACUGAUGUCUACUGGAGAUUAAUCUAUUUUGUGUUCUUGGUUUUGCUUUUGGAAAGUGCAAAUAUUGUGUUGUC